UAUAUAUCUUUGAGAGAGUAAAACAUUUUAAUCUUUUAAUUUCGUUACUGGCAAAUUUUUGCUGGCAUUUCUAACCGAACAGAGCUAAUAUUGGGCAAUCGACGUUAGCAAAACAAAAAUAGCACAUAAAUAAGGAAAAUCGAAUGUAAACAAAAAUUUCGAAGAAGGAUGGACGGAUAAAUUAGUCUAGAACCAGCAAAAACUGAUGUGGAAGGCGAAAAAGCAUAAGUGAAUAACAUUUAGCUAAUUUCUGGGUCUGAGAAAAUUUCAGUAGAAAACAAAAAUACGAAAAAAAAAAAUAAUUUAUCAAGGCACAUUACGAGAAAAUGUUUUUUGUUGUGAAUGACUGAAAAAAUUAUGAAAUUUUGAGAAGAUUCAGCGAGACUCGCCACUUGCUCUUAAAACGUGCCUCACAAUUUUUUAAAUCUUGUUCAGAAGAAAAGCCAUUCUUAUCAGAAUGUCUAACGAAAAAAGAUUGUGCAAGGACAGUGUCUUUAGAAGUGUAUACAAUCAAAGUAUGCACUCAACACGAGCUGCCACAAAUAGCUACAUUGCGAGCACUAAAGACUCCUUGGAUUAUGUGCAGCGUUUAGGUUUGAUGAGUCGGCUGCAUGUACAUUCAGGUUGUGUGAAUACCGUUUGUUGGAACAGCUCGGGAGAGUAUUUGUUGUCGGGUAGUGAUGACCAAUGUGUUGCUAUAACGAAUCCACAUAGCCAAGAGGUGUUGUUAAAAUAUAAAACCGCACAUAGAGCGAACAUCUUCAGCGCGCGGUUCAUGCCACAGUCGAACGGUCACUCAAUAGUUUCGUGUUCUGGCGAUGGUAUUGUACUGCAUACAGAAUUGUUGGCCCCAUAUGUGUGUCGACAACGGACUGAUAUUUUUAUUAAUAAUGAUAAUGGCUCUGGCGGCACAGGAUCAGCUGCUUCUACUAUACCCAUUCAACCUGUAUAUGAACAUAAUGAAAAUGAGGCUAAAUUGAGUUUUUUCAAUUGCCAUAAAAGUGGUACAACGUACGAAGUACUGACGAUACCGUCUCAGCCACGUUCAUUUAUGAGCUGCGGUGAGGAUGGCACAGUGCGUUUAUUUGACCUCAGACAAAUAUCGAGUUGCCAUAAGACUUGCUGUAAAGAUAACAUACUUAUAUUUAGUCCUUCUGCGGUGAAUGCCAUGGAUCUUUCGCCCAUCAGCAACUACUACGUGGCAGUGGGUAGUUCCGAUGCCAUUGUGCGUAUAUACGAUCGUCGUUAUUUAUCAGUUAUUGAUUUCAGUGAUAAUUCUGUACCAACCACUGAAAGGCACACGCGACCAAUUAAAGCUUAUCCGAUUCCUAUGACAACGAAUCGACAAUAUCGCAUAACUUGUGUUAGAUAUAGCCCAGAAGAGUCUGAAUUAUUGGUGAGCUACUCUUCUGAAUAUUUGUAUCUGUUUGAUUUACGUCGUGAAGGUGCGGACGUUAAUGAGUUGUAUGAGAAAGGGCGCACAGCAGAUGUAACUAGUUCCUCAUCUUUGCCUGCGCUAACAGCCGAACAGGUUACACGGAGAUUACGGUUGCGUGGUGAUUGGUCUGAUACCGGACCGGACGCACGCCCUGAAAACUAUCCGCGUGGUCGAGUAGAAAUCGGACAAGUGCGUCCGCAAUUACAAGCGAACAUAAUGAGUCGCAUGACAGAGGUAAUCUCCCGAAUGCUCAACGAUCCGCGUACACGAAUGGGGCUGUCAGGCCAGGCACAAGAGUUAAAUCGUGAAAAUCAAGCCACGCUUUUAGCGGCAGUAGCAAGAGAGACGGCAGAAGCACCUUCAACAUCAGCACAUUGGCGUAGGGUUGCAAGUCGCUUACAUAGAACACGCUCAAUUGCAUUAACCAGUCCACAAUCAGAUGACUCUUCGGCUCAAACGAUUCCUACACCAGAUGUUGUCAAUAACGCUAGUAGACCGCCAGAAGAAGAUGUCACUAUUGCAUCAACAGAGCAGUCAGAGGCGCUUAAUGUCGACACAUCUAACAACAGCAGCGGCAUUGACGCGCACCCAAGCAUACAAUUUCGAGACGAUGAGGCGGACACUCUAAACGACGAACUUGCGGAGCUUGAUAUGCAAACAAAGGAAAUGAUCUUCGAUUACCUGCGCAUGAAGUUUGUUGGUCAUAGAAAUGCACGCACUAUGAUCAAGGAAGCAAAUUUCUGGGGCAACAACUAUGUAAUGUCUGGUUCAGACUGUGGGCAUAUCUUUAUUUGGGAUCGACGCAACGGAAAGCUGGUUAUGUUACUGCAGGGUGAUCAGCAUGUGGUAAAUUGCUUACAACCGCAUCCUGAAUUGCCCUACCUAGCCAGUUCGGGCAUAGAUUAUGAUGUAAAGAUAUGGGCACCCAUAUUAGAACACGCUAGUUUUGACGAACCAGAGGCUCAAGAUUUAAUGAAACGAAAUGCAAUCAUGUUAGAGCAAACUAAAGACACAAUCACAGUUCCAGCGGCAUUUAUGAUUCGAUUACUGGCUUGCAUUCACUCACUACGUAACCGCGAACGUAUACUGAAUCCCGAAGAGAUUAACAAUCCAUCCAACCAAACCGGAAAUCCAAGUAGUGACAGCGACAGGAAUCGAGAAGUGAAUGAAACCGGCAGUUCAACGACGAACUCUAAUAAUGAUGUGGCGCCAGAGAGUGGAAAUGCGAGCAGCCAGGAAUAAACGGAUGACCGUGAUUAAAAAUAAUUUUUGAAAUUGUAAUUGAGUUAUAAAAAAAUGGAUGUGCUGGGUUGGCAAAUUAUAUUGCAAAUCCGUUGGAAUUAACAAUUCUGCUUUAGAGUGUGAUUUUUACAAGGAUAUAAAAUUUUGAAUUUCGUAAUAAAAUCAAACAACUAGUAAA